GACGCCAUAGCCGACGCUGAACCGCUCAAGCUCGCAUUUCCGGCAAGACUAAAAUUGACGCGGGAAUUUGAAUUCGUUCAAAGAUUUUUUUUUUUUUUUUCUGAAAUAACGUAUUGGUUAAAUAUUAAUUUUUCUAAGAAAUUAUCGAUCGAUAUUUAAUUAUUUCAUUAGUUUUCCAAUUAAGAAGUUGGCUGAUCACGAAAGAUGCGAAAGGGAGUUGAACCUAAAGGCAUCAAAGAAGAAACCGUCGAAAAAGAUAAUGGCGGAUUUGUCGAAACACCGAGAAUCAAAACACCCAAAGGAAUUGUGAAAGAUCGUUGUAAGACUCCAGAUUCUCCAGAAGGUGCUCGUCAAGCUACUACCCCACAUUCGCCCUCUCAGUCAUCACCGCCGUUAAGAAAUGCUGCUUCGCCUGCUAAUAAUGGAAAUGCAGACAGUUUGACUCCACCUCCUCCACUUCCUGCAGCAACAGCAUUAUCUUUAUCGCUCGAUACACCCAGAUCAUUCUCGGACAUUUCAUACGGAGGCUUUGCCGGAUAUUCUAGUGGAAGACAAUUGACGAAAGUUAAGAAAUUUUUAAGCACCCUAGUGCAAUUUGGAAACGACAUUAGCUCAGAUGUUGGGGAGAGAGUUAAAAGCCUGGUUUUGAAUCUAGUUAGUUCAAAUUUAAGCAUAGAAGAGUUCCACCAUUCCCUACAAGACGUCACAAAUUUUCCUCUGCGGCAGUUUGUUUUACCAUUUUUAAGAACUCACAUGCCAUUACUGCAAAGGGAAAUUCACGCUUUAGCCAGAGUCAAUAAGCAGUCCGCUUUGCAAUACGUCAGAAGUCACGAUCAUGUGAUUUUAGAACCGACACACUCGCCCUCUGAAGCUGCUGAAAUUUUCAUGCCUAAUGAAACUUCUCCUUUGACUGGGAUCAAAAGAAGAUCACCAGAAGGCACAUACGAAAACGGUCUCAACGGUCAACCAGAAGAAUAUGCACCGGCAGCCAAACGACCAGCAGCUGGUAUAACUCCGUUUCUCUUCAACCAUCAGCAAAACUUAUUUAUGCCAAACAUGAACGUCGCCAAUUCACAUCUUUUCGAUUACCAGUCAACCAAUCCGACAGGAAUCAAAACUGAAGAGAACGCCGGAAGCCGAGGCGACGAAGAAUGGAGGAACAUCCAUGUGAUGCUCAAUUGUAUUUUGUCAAUGGUGGAAAAAACUAAAAGGGCCCUAACGAUUCUACAACAAAGGAAUAUACCUAGCCAAGCAGAUCCUACAGCGGAAUGGUUGCGCAAGCAAGAUCUUAGCCAAGAUUUGAAGAAAGUUGCGAAUGAAAUUAUUAGUUCGGCGAUUAGGGCUGCUGAGGAACGUGUUUCUGAGGUUCGAAGACGAGCAGAAGAAGCUGUAUGUGACGUCAAACGACAAGCGGUUCUAGAGUUGCAAAGAGCUGUGGCUGCAGCUGAGGCUAGAGCAGGCGAAUUUCUAGCUGCCGAAAGGGCUAGAGUUGAGAAAGCUUUAGGAGAAGUCAGAAAACAUACUGAAGAAACCAGCACCAAUCAUUCCGAGUUUGGCGAAAGUGGCCAAUCGCCAUCGAGCCAACCAGCACCUUCGCAACAAAAUGCUUGUUGGAACUGUGGCCGGAAAGCUCACGAUACGUGCUCCGGAUGUAGUCUGGCUCGGUACUGUGGGCCAUUUUGCCAACACAAAGAUUGGGAAAAUCAUCACCAGGUUUGCAACAAAGAAAAAAGACCGGCUACAGCUACAACUCCAACGCCAGUUGCUGUAGUACCGGUACCAGCACCUUCAGCAGCGGACGCGAGAGUUAAAAAGUGACACGUAAAGAAGGCACGUAAAUUUAGGAAAUUUUAUUGAUAAUUGUAACAUAAUAUUCCCAAACACUUUUUACGAUAUUAAAGGGAAAUUGAUAUAAAUAGUUAGUACUCACGAUUACGUCAUCUGUCUUUUCACCUAUUGAUGUACUGAUCUUAAAUAUUGUUCAGAGUCUGGUCGACUUAUUGUCACUUUUUUCCGACGCAAUAUUUGGAUGACCAGCUUUAUAACUUGUACCUACAAAAACAUUGGAAGUUUAUAUUUAAAUAAGAAUAUUCACCAUUCACCUAAAAUUCAAUUAUUAUUGAAAGUUUGGCACCAAUUAAAAAAAUAACUUAAACCUCAUAAUUUUUUGCGGCCAGGAUAAGUUCUAAUAGAAAAUAUUCUUAACUUUUCGUGUGGGAUCGCAGUUGAAAAUAAGUCCUCAUUUUAAGUGACCCCAGAUUUUUUUUCUACAUCAUCGGGAGGAAAUUAAUGUUUCUUUUUUCCAACAACCGUGUAUUAUUUGAUUUUAUUAAUGUAUACGCAAUACACUUUUUAAUUAUAUACCUAAGGUAUAAAUAUUGCGAUUUAAUAAUAUACCUUUUACGUCGAAUUUGUCUUGGCCAGUCUAUAAUUUUUCUUUUAAAAAACCUUCUGUAAAAAUUG